CCGGUGCUCGGCCCUUUGCAACACGGCCAGGACGCGUGCUAGCACUGCAGCAGCCGGCGGCUGGGUCGGGGACCGGUCUUGCAAGCAGUUCCACAAAAGUGAGAGCUCGCGAUCUUGUAGUUUCUGCAGCUUCUAGUGACAGCGCUAGGACAGGACCAAGUGCGAGGCAGCAGCGAGUACAACUCAGCGCUGAGGAGGAACAACAAGCGGCGGAUCUCAAGGCAGCAUUGCGCAUUGGGCCAGCGCUACAGCCACGACGACGGAAGUCGGUGUUUGCCCGUGGGGCUCCAGUAACCGAAGCUAUGUGCAUGAGCUUGCGAUCAAGCUUUGCGGACACUGCCGCAAAGGGCAUCCUCGGACAUCCGGUUCCUGGCGUAAAUCUUAACGUGCUUGUGCCUCAACCUGUUGCGAAUAAGCUUGAAGUGGGCUAUGCUGACUUCGGCGGUGAAUCUGUAUUGAAAGAACACGUGCUGUCUGAGAUUGUGAAUGCAUCUUACGGGGCGGGCAUCUGGCAGGACCCUGCCUCUACUGAGGCGGAUCCCACUGCAGCAACAAUGGACGGGGUUCAUCCUACAAUGUCUCGCUGUAGCAGCAAAAAUAUUACGGCAUCGUUGGUGGCACCUACAAGUACGACCCGUUCACUGUCGUUGGCACAGGUAUCGAAGCAAGUUGCACGUGAGAAAUCGAAAAUCUCUCCGCUGUACGAAGAAUGGGCGCACAUGAUGAUGCAAGAAACAGUGACAAGGAUCAACGAAAGGCAGGCCCAGCAAAAAAGAAAACCACGGCAAGUAGAGCGCCAAGAAGAACCCUCUUCUAGUGAUCGCGAUAGGCCGAAGAUCGCUGAUGCAACAAGACCAGAGCCCUUUGUUAUUGUAGAAGUUGCUUCAACAUCAAAGGCAAAUGUUGCAGUACUUGGUUCCUCUGAAGAGCAGCGAGAUCAUGAAGUCCACUCUCCCGAGAUCAGAGUGCUGCAAAAGGAAUUUCCCCCUAGUCCGUCUGCUCUAGCACGAGCAGAGAAGAAUGAGCGGCGCUUGAAGUUUCUUCAGGGUUUCUCACGUCCUGAACUGCGUAAACUGGAGGAAGAUGCACGACUCUCGCAUUUGCUCGAGAAAACCGGAGACAGUCCUGUAAUUCCUUCUAGUACUAGGAUUGGAGCAGAGGGCAAGAAACGAAACUCUUGUUCCGGAGAAGACUUCGAAGAUUCUAAUGUCGAUCUUGGCAGAUGUGCAGAAACAUUUCUUAAGGCGGAUAAGAAAAGUCACGCCCGUCCGAUGGCUAUAACAGGAAUCACAAAAAGCAGUUUGCCGGUGGCGGCUGAUCUUGCGGAAAAGCCGUCAAUUGCUGAGAAGCAUGGAAAUACGGGCUACGAUGCUGGUCGAAUGUCACAGUCACGUCAAACACAACUACACCAUGAUGCAGAACGACAAGGGGCGCGGCUAAUGAAGGACCUGUUGUCGGCAAAUCCACGGCUAGGCAAUUCCGCUGGAGCUCCAUCCACUGAUGAGCUUGAGCUGUCCACUGUAAGGGAGCGAAAUGUACCAGCUCCGUUGACGACUGCCGCAUUGGCCGAUGCACCGAGUGGACCGGUCUCAGCCACGUCCUCGCCGGCUGUGACAGACAGGGGCACAGCAGCUGAGCGAUCUUUUUUGUUCGGUGGCAACAACGAUACCGAGACCGACGAGUCGAUGAGCCUGCUUUUGAACAGCCCGAAAUGAUGCUGCUUUGAAACUUGGAGAAAAAGUUAUGAUCUGAAUGAACAUAUAACCGAUUUGAUAGGAAAUCUGUUUCGUUGUAUUUGUACCGCAAACUCAUUUUGUAAAAAAAUUUCGUUGUUGUAUAGAAACAUCCAGUUACUACUAGAUGAAUUCUCGUGGUAGUGACAUGAUCAUGUGGACGAAAUGAUGUUCGUAUUUCCUUUGAUUUGAGUUUCUCAUUGAUGAAUUUUGUUUCAGUUUUCAAAUCAUGAUUUCGCACAAGUUCCGCACAUCAUUGGAAGUACAAGUCCUGCUUUUGUAUGGAACAAUAGUUUGAGUCCUUUUGGAAGUCGCGAAGUAUACUGCAAGUAAUCCGCAGUGCGGACAAAUCUGUAUUACUACAAAUAGUGAGUGAAGUCUGCAUAUUGCCGUCCGCGAUGCUCUUUGUGCCGCUUGCUGUUUCUGCAAAGUUUUGAUUUCGCAUUCGUUGUACUUGUAUGCAAUAGAUAGCGGAAUGGUUUGAAGAAAAUGAACUCUCGACGAGUCCCUGAAGAAAUGCUGGCGAGAUGGACUUGUCCGGCCUCACUAGCAAGGUCGAACUGCGCAAGAAAACAUGGACAUGGUCUUGUGUAUUCUAAACACUACAUAUCUGUAUCAAGAGGGAGAUGAGGAAUUCUGUCAAUUAUCCGCACUCUCUGUGCGCCAAUCGAGACAUGCAUCUCAACGAAACUAAUGCUGAGCGAUCUUUCGGCAAACUUCUGCACAAAGAUUCUCGUCUGAUUUUGCGGGAAAUCUGUAGACAAGAGAGACAGAGAGGCGACAAAGUAUGAAGUCCUUGUUGCAAAGGGAAUAUCCAAUAUCGCAGUCUAAAAA